AUGACCCCAGGCAGGCAUUUGAUGGAUUUUUCAUUGAAGGAUGUGUUCGAAAAACUCCAGAUGGAUCACCUGCAGUUCCAGGAUUGGCUGCGAUCUGUGGGGCUAAUGUCUACACCGUUGUGCCCAUCGUGCCAAGGAUCCAUGACGUUGAGGAACGACGAGCACCGCAUUGGCUGGGUGUGUAACGAAACAAAGGUCUACGUUCUUGCUAGAAAAGGCUCCUUCUUCGACAAGUCCAACCUCGGCGAGUCGACUAUGUUUGCUCUGUCCUACUUCUGGCUCCACGACAUGGGAAAGGUGAAGGACAUGAAGGACAAAGCAUACGAGCUUCACAUGAAUCCUCGUACCGUUGUUCAGUGGGAGAAAUGUUUCCGUGACGUGUAG